AUGGAGGGGCGUGUUCCUCAUAUUAGUUUAUCGCCCUCUGGUGUUCUCGCGACAGAACCAAUAUCCCCCUCCCUCAAUUGUGUAGUUCCCCCACCCCGCCACUUCCCCUCUGCAGGUGGUGGGAGAGGCGAGCGCUUCCCCUGGCUCGGCAGGCGACCCGCCAGUCAGUCCGAGCAGAGGAAUCGCGCACGGCACACGCACACCCGCACACUCGCCGAGGCGCAAGAGGCCGGAAGUAGAGCCCUCCCCGCCGCGAGUGCACUUCCCCCUCUCCGCUUGACCGCGCCACGCCGCCAGCCUGCGCGGGCGACAGCCGCCCAGUCCGAGCCCAGGUGGAGCGCUCGCGGGUCGUGGUCCGAGAGUGCGCGUGGAGCCGUGGAGGCGCCGACCGCCGGCAGCACGACGAAGAGGAUCCUCGCCGCGCCGCUGGUGCUGCUGGGAGGUCGCCUCGCGAAGAGACAGCGCCCCGACGAGCCGGACGCCCUGAUGGCCGCAGCGAGCAUGGAGGCGCCCUCGGCGCUCAGCCAGAGCAUGGACUCCGUCAACACGGUCACCGGCGAGGAGGAGGUGAGUGAUUGGUGUUUACAUCCUGAGCUGUAUUCCUUGACAUGACAAUGCCCUGAGGGUUGUAAGUGUUCGCUGAAACUGGGUGAGUGUGAAUUGUUAAUGAUUUUUUUAUAUAUUUCUAUAACUUCCUUCAACAGGUCGAUUACAAAUGGAAGGUAUCAAAUCCACCCCACUUUUUUAUUGUCUUCGAAUGUGUA